ACCAAGAUGGCGGCCCGUUCUUCUGCGUUCUCGAUAUUUCGACGUUUUGUGGGGUCAAGUAGGCUUUCAGGUGUCACCUGUACUGUAUCUUCAACUUCAAGAAGGAGCUUUACUCAUCUUUGCCGAUCAAGAGGAAUACGACCCAUAUCAUGUCAUCGACAUCGUACCUUGGACUUGUUUUCUCAGCCAGUUCCUGCUGCCACCAUGUUCAUUCAAGUACAAGACACGCCAAAUCCAAACAGUAUGAAGUUUAUGCCUGGUAAAGAAGUUCUUGAAAGUGGCACAAUCGACUUCCCAAAUGUCCAGGCGGCACAUUGCUCUCCACUUGCCAAGCAGUUGUUCAGAAUAGAGGGUGUCAAAGGAGUGUUUUUUGGUGCUGAUUUUGUGACAGUGACCAAGACAAGUGAGGAUAUUGACUGGAAAGUUUUGAAACCGGAGAUAUUUGCUACCAUCAUGGACUUCUUCACAUCUGGUGCACCCAUUUUGACAGAGGAGUUGCCGCCAUCUGACACAGCGGUUGAUCCUGAUGAUGAUGAGACGGUCAUCAUGAUCAAAGAACUGCUCGAUACGAGAAUCAGACCGACAGUGCAAGAGGAUGGUGGAGAUAUCGUUUAUAUUGAUUUUGUGGAUGGUAUAGUCAAGCUAAAGUUACAAGGGUCCUGUACAAGUUGUCCCAGUUCUAUUGUCACGCUGAAGGGUGGCGUUCAAAAUAUGCUACAGUUCUAUAUCCCUGAAGUGAAAGAAGUGAUAGCUGUAGAAGAUGAUCUUGACACUGUUACCCAGUCAGAAUUUGAAAAGUUGGAACGAGAUCUGGAAGAGCCUUCGAGAUAAUUACACUAACCUGGAACAGUGCAAGUACAGUGCAAGGACAAUGACUCUGGGGGGUGGGGUUGUGUGAUGAUUACACUAGUUUGCAAGGAUAUACCAGCGUCUGUGAUGCAUGUCCUAUACAAGCCUACGAGACAUAAAGACUAUGGCAGAGAAAGCAUAUCACAUUGAACAUUUGAACAUUUGGUGUUGAUUGAACCACCUGUCUUUCCCCGAGGAAAUACUCUUGUCGGUGUCUCUUAUCUCUGGUGUAUCCGAAAAUUACUUGGUGAUAAUAAGAAAGGACAAUGUGUAGAUGGUUUCUGACUUUGUAUAUUACUGUAAAUAAAUUGAAUGGAAAUGACAACUC